CCGUUUUUUUAAAACCUGGCAUUAUGUUGGACAGCUCAGGCUGCCGGAUUUCUCUUCAAUAUGGCGGCGCAGAUGGCGGUAAAUUCAGGAGCCAGCCUCUGGGGGCCGCUGAAGGAGUUGUGGGAGACCGUGGAGGGGGCGAUAUGGAGGAGGCAGCAAGAGAGCAUCCAUCUCCUAGACCUGCAGCUGAAGAAGCACAAGCCGCAGUUCCUCUCGCUCUUCAAGAACCCGCCAAAGAGUUUGGAGCAGAGAGAGAUGGUGAGGAAAGCCAGCACGGAAGGCAUCGCCAUUCAGGGCCAGCAGGGGUCGCGACUUCUUCCCGAACAGCUCCUGACGGAGGCCUUCAUACUCAGCGACCUCUUUGACAUUGGGGAGCUGGCGGCCCUGGAGCUGCUCCUGGCGGGGGAGCACCAGCAGCCCCAUUUCCCUGGACUGACGCGGGGGCUGGUAGCUGUACUCCUGUACUGGGAUGGGAAGCGGUGCGUGGCCAAUUCUCUGCGCUCCCUCAUCCAGUCCCGCCAUGGCAAGACCUUCACGCUGGACCUCAGCGCCGAGCUGGUGUCGCUCACCACGCGCUUCACGGACGAGCUGAUGAGGCAGGGCCUGGCGCGCCGUAUCCUGACGCUGGUCUCGGAGAUCAGCGUCACGCGGGAAUUCGAGCGCCUCCAGAAGGAGCGCGGCCUGGGCAACGAGAAGCACCGGAAGGAGGUCACCGACCUCAUCAAGGAGUGCCGCCAGUCGCUAGCUGAGUGCCUAUUCUGCUGGACCUGCCAAUCGGCGCUCAGCAAGGACGACACCUUGGCCCUAAUUGGCUACUUGGAGACGGUAACGGUGGAGGCCGACGGCUCAUUGGACAGCGUGAACCUGGCAUUGCUCAUGGCCCUGCUCUACUGCCUGGACGUCACCUUCCUGGAGCAGGGGACGGAGGACCGAGAGGACCUGGUCCAGGCGCUGCCCCUGCUGACGGAGAGACAUUACGUGUCUGCGGUGCACAGCCGCCUGGUGGACGGCCAGCCAUGGAAGCUGCCGGGUCUGCAGGCUGUGGCCCGGCUGGCAUGGGCCCUGGCACUGAGAGCCCUCUCCCAGCUGCCCCAGGGAGCCGUGCUGCUGGAAUUUACGGAGGGCGAUGAGUCCCUGGCUGAUCAAGCCCUGCUGGACGGCGUCUUCCUCUUCCUGACGGAGGGCGUCCUGGCCAGCGAGGGCUUCCCCCAGGAGGAGUUCUACACACGCCGCCUGCACUCCCUCAUCACCGACUUCCUGGCGCUCAUGCCCAUGAAGGUUAAGCAGCUGCGUAACCGUGCCGACGAGGACGCCCGGCUGGUACACAUGGCACUGCAGAUGGGCGGCGAACCCCCCACCCCUCUGCGCAGGGACCUGGACCACCUGAUGAUCCUGAUCGGGGAGUUUUACAGCAGAGACACCUUCGGCCUGGAGCUGGGUCUGGAUUUCUGGUGUCCCUCUGAGACACUGCACCCCCACCACCCCUCCCUCAGUGGCUCCUACAUGGGUGUGGCCCUGCAGAGGCCCCCUCAUAAGCAGGUGGUGCUGUCCAAGUUUGUGCGGCAGAUGGGUGAUCUGCUCCCGCCCACUCUCUAUAUCCCCUACCUGCGCAUGCUGAAGGGCCUGGCCAACGGGUCCCAGUGCGCCCACUACUGCUUCAGCCUGCUCAAGAGCAACGGGACCCCACACGGAGAGAACCUACAGGGGGCGCUGACAGGCAGCCCAGUUUCCUGGGAGCACUUCUUCCACUCACUCAUGCUGUACCACGAGAACUUGCGACGGGACCUCCCCAGUGCGGAUCCGGGACACUGCCGGCACCCACCACUGCGGGGCAUCACACACAGGGAGCUGGAUGGUCUGUCAGCCUUCCUGCAGUUGCUCAUCACCAUUAUCACCUGGAGUGAGAAUGCACGUCUGGCUCUGUGUGAGCAUCCCCAGUGGACACCGGUGGUGGUGAUGCUGGGCCUCUUGCAGUGCAGUGUGCCUCCCAUCCUGAAGGGGGAGCUCCUGCGCUCUCUGGCCGCCUUCGGCAAGUCCCCUGAAAUCGCCGCCUCACUCUGGCAGUCGCUGGAGUACACGCAGAUCCUGCAGACAGUACGAGCUCCAGGACAAAGGCAGGCUGCAGGCAUCGAGGUGGAGCUGAACGAGAUCGAGUCAAGCUGUGAGGAGUAUCCGUUGACCCGCGCCUUCUGCCAUCUGAUCAGCACGCUGGUGGAGAGCGCUCUGCCAGUCAACCUGGGGGCGGGGCUUCGGCCGCCCGGCUUUGAGCCCUACCUGGCCUUCCUGCGCGACGCAGUCUUCCUGCCCUUUCCUACGCGGGCGUACCGGCGUGCCGCUGAGAAGUGGGAGGUGGCUGAGGCUGUGCUGGAGGUCUUUCACAAGCUGCUGCGCGACUAUGAGCCGCAGCCCGGCGACUUCGUGCCGGAGAUGGUGGAGCUGCAGGGCGAGCAGGUGCUGAGCUACAAGCCGCCGGGCUACAGCCUCAUGUUCCACUUGCUGAACGACUCGCCCACGCUCGCCCUCUGCCUGACCCUGCUGGAGGAGGGGGUGCGGCAGCUGGACACCUACGCCCCCUUCCCCGGUAAGAAGCAGCUAGAGGGCGCCGUGCUGCACUGCCUCUGCCUGCUGGAGCUGGCCCUGCAGAAGGAGGUGGUGUUCAUGGACCUUCUGCGGGAGAGCCAGGCCACCCUGCUGGUGUCGCCGCUGGAGCAGCUGCUGCAGGGCGUCAACCCUCAGAGCCGGCGUGCCGACCACACCGUUAACAUCGCCAGGUACCUGUACCACAGCACCUCCAAUCCGGAGGCCGCCUUCCACAGUGCCAAGAUCCUGCGUCACAUUGCCCGCUACCCCAACAUCCAGGCGCGGUUGGUGGGCGACUUCACUCACGACCAGGCUGUCAGUGACAAGCUCAUGGCUGGUUUUGUGGAGUGUUUGGACAACGAGGAGACUGAGGAAAGCACGGAGAAGGGAGACGAUGGCGACCCGGAGAAAUGCGUGGAACGGCUCCGGCACGAGACGCAGGUGCACAUCCUGAACCUCCUGGUCACGUCUUUGGAGCUGAAGGCACCCAACCUGGCGCUGUACCUGCUGGGCUACGAGGUGAAGAAGCCCAUCGCCACCACCAACCUGCAGGACCCAGGGGUCCUGGGCUGCCCGCGGAGCUGCCUGCACGCCAUCCUGAGCCAGCUUCAGAGGGGGAGUGAGAGACGCUCGGGCCCCCUGCUCAGCCGGCAGGCCCCCCACCUCGCCGAGCUCUGCUACCAGGUCAUCUACCUGCUGUGCGCUUGUCCGGAAACGUCUGGACCCACCAUGCGCUACCUGCGGACCGGCCAGGAUUUCCUGUACUCGCACCUGCAGCAUCUGCCCUUCGUGCUCCCAGGGAACGGGAUCGCUGCCCUCUCGCAAAUGUCCUGGCUGAUGAAGACGGCGGCCAUUGAAUUGCGUGUGACUUCGCUGAACCGCCAGCGCUCCCAUACACAGCGGCUGCUGAACCUGCUCUUGGAUGACCAGCCGCAUGCACUGCACACAGCCGACGGGGAGAUGGGGACUGAUGAGGAGAACCGGUCAGUCAGCGGCUUUCUUCACUUUGACACGGCGACUAAAGUGCGCAGGAAGCUCCUCAGCGUCUUGGAUGCCAUCGACUUCAGCCAGGAGGUCCCUGAGCUGUUGCAGCUGGACUUCUUUGAGCGUGCCCAGAUCGAGCAGGUCAUCAGCAACUGUGAACAUGUCAACGAGCAUGGCCAUACCGUAUGCAACGUCAAGCUGCUCCACCGGGUGCUGAUUGCGGAGGUCAAUGCCCUGCAAGGAGUGGCCGCCAUUGGCCAGCGCCCCCUGCUGAUGGAGGAGGUGAACUCCAUCCUGCAGCAGGUCGUGGAGAGGAACCGUGUUCGGCGCAGCUUGAGUGCUAAGCAGCAGGCCCUGCAGUCGUGGAGAGCGCUGGUGGAGACCAUGCUGACUGCUUGCCCCCCUGAUCUCAUCCCGCCAGACAUCCGGCAGCUGAUCAUCCGGGAUCUGCUGUUGGACCUUCACGACAAGGUGCUCUCCGAGGACGCCGCCAGCGAGCUCAUGCCCAUCGUGGCUGGAGCGGUCUUCACCCUGACGGCGCAGCUCAGCCAAUCAGUGCUGUCAGAGCAGAGUGGGGGCCUGGAGGGCGGGGCCACCUCGGGCUUCGCCUCCAUUGCCAACUCGGCGCUGCACCUGAUCCUGCGGAAGCUGCUGGACUUCAUCCUCUGCACCGGUGGUGGCUUCCAGCGUCUGCGUGCCCAUCUCUACGGCUCUCUACUCUACUACCUGCAGAUUGCCCAGAAACCAGAGGAGGCAGACACACUGCAGACAGGGGACACGUCCAUGUGGGAGCGGCUGACGGCCCCGGAGGACGGCUUCUCUAAGCUGCAGCGCGAGAACCUGGCCAUCAUCGAGAGCUACGGCACGGCACUCAUGGAGGUGGUGUGCCGGGACGCGUGCGACGGCCACGAGAUCGGCAGGAUGCUGGCGCUGGCCGUGCUGGACCGCGUCCUCUCCAUCGACCGCCAGUGCCAGUGGCUCAUCUACAUGUGUAACAGCGGCUACCUGCGCGUGCUGGUGGACAGCCUACGGCAAGACGACGCGGCUCUGCAGGCGCUGCUGGGACCGCAGCCCCCCCUGCUGAAACCCCUCUACAUCUACGAGUCCAAGAUGGCGCUGCUGACACGGGUGGCGCGGACGGCCCAGGGCGCCGUGGAGCUGCUGCGCUGCGGCCUGGUGGCCCACCUGAUUGAGUGCCAGGUGUACGACAUGCUGCCGGAGGGCGACGCCCAUAGGAUGUUCAGCCAGAGGGACCCCUCUGGCUUCAUCCCCAGCCCCCUGGAUCGCUACAGACAGAUCCUGCUCCCAGCCCUUCAACUCUUUCAGGUCAUCCUCACCUCCACUUCCACUCAGCACCAGCAGGGGGCAGCACAGGUGUUGCAGUGGCUGAUCGUGCACUCGGACACUAUCCAGUCCAUCCUGCGCUGCCAGGAGCUGAGUGUGGCAUCCCUGCAGGAGCUGGCCCUGCUCACUGGCAUCAUCAGCAAGACCGCGCUGCCUGGUGCCCUGGAGCUUGGCCAGGAUGCCAGCGGCCCCACCCUGAUGGAGUUUAAGAGUCACAUCAGCCGGUUCCAGCGGCAGUCCCUGUCCCUGCUGGGUCGCCUGGCGGGAAGCGAGCGUGUGCGUCUGCUCAAGCUGGCGGAGGAGAGCAUCUCCCCGCGCGACCCCCCCAACCGCCGCGAAGAGAUGGAGGUGGCCAUGCAGCAGAUCUGUGCCAAUGUGAUGGAGUACUGCCAGACGCUGCUGCUGCAGAGCUCUGCCCAGGCCCAGUUCAGCGUCUGCCUCUUCAGCCCGUCCGUGGCGGAGCCGGCUGGCCGCGAUGGUCCCCGUACAGAUCCUCUUCCCUCCGCUCCAUGUUCCCGCGUGCCCAGCCUGGGUCUCGUGCUCUACCUGCUACGGAACACCGCUUCCGACUUCUUCCGCUUCCAUCAGGACCACCGGCAGAACCUGGACAAGCUGCAGGGCCUGGAGCAGCUGCCCCCGGACGAGGUCAAGGAGCUCUGCCAGGCCAUAGUGUCGACCUCCGGCGGCGUGGACAAGAUCCCCUCGGUCCAGCGGAGCGUUCUGGCCAAAAGGCGCCUGGUCCAGCUCAUCAACAAUCGGGCCAAGCUGCUGGCUCUGUGCUCAUAUAUCAUAGAGACUUGCUUGUUUGUGCUGUGGCGCCACCUGGAGUACUACCUGCUGUACUGCACGCCCAGUGAUCCGAAAGACUCCCUGCUGCCCAAUGUUAGUGCAUACAGGUCCCGUGUGGGAGAUGGUAAGCACUUCUACCAUGCUGAAAUUUAUUUUACAUGUACAGCUUGCAUGCAGAACCACUGCAUGGUUUCUCUAAUCUGUCUCCCAGAAUCCUUUGGUGUGAUGCAGGGGAGUGGUGGGCGGAGCCUGGGUCUGUCUCAUGUCAGCCAGCAGGACCUGGAGCAGCUUCAGAGUGACGUGGCGUGCUGCUUCAGUGAGUCCCUGCAGAGGAAGCUGCUGGAGGUGGAGGGCCUCUACAGCCAGAUGCGUUCACGCUACACCUUCAUCCAGGCCCUUGUGCGCAGGAUUCGCGGUCUGCUGUGUCGCCCCAAGAGCUAACCCCCGACCCCCCCCUGGGUACUGCCGCCCCCCCUCUACCCCACCCAGCAAUUUAACCAGCUUCUCCUUGAUGUGUCUUUCAUUUUACACUCAGAAAAGGCUUGUGGGUUGUUUUCUGUAAAAAAAAAAAAAUCUAAUAAAAUUUUCUAAGGUAUAAAA